UUGCCAGCUGUUGUCAUUCGACCCUCGGGACUACAACAGCUAGUCCCGAUUGAGGACAACGGCGAUGAAACGAUCACUGUUCAUUACCAGCCUGAGGAACGCGGAAUGCAUGAGCUGCACGUGAGCGCUAUCACUGGUCCUCACAGCGCUGCUUCUGGUAUCCAGGUCUCUGCGGUUUUCGCCAGUUCGCCAGCCGAAUCUGGUGGAUCUCGAAAUCUUGUCCAGCUUCCUGGCAGUCCAUAUCGCUUCUUUGUGGACAAGAGCUGUCCGGGUCGCGUUUCUGCUUUUGGUCCCGGUCUAAGCCACGGUCAGACUGGCAGGCCAGCUGAAUUCACAAUUGUCACAAAAGAGGCUGGAGCAGGUAAUAUAAGUAUACUCAUGAAGCAUUAUAGUGACUUAUUGCCUGCCCAUUUCAAGCUUAUACAGUGCCUUUUACGAUAUUUCUUAUGUUACUCCAUUCCCAUAUCAUUUUACGUAUAUAUAUGGUUUUAA